AUGAGUCCCAGCAUCACUACCGAGGCCGAGCAGCCUCUCGCCGCCAGGUCCACCGUGGCCCAGAGAAAGCAAGCCAACGAACUGAGAAAGACUCUCAAACCCUUGCUGGAGAAGAGAAGACGUGCUCGUAUCAACGACAGUCUCAGUCAUUUGAAAAGCCUGAUUCUUCCUCUGGUUGGCAAAGACAACGCACGCUACUCCAAGCUGGAGAAGGCUGAUAUUCUGGAAAUGACCGUCCGUUUCCUCAGAGACCUUCCUUCCACUCCCGUCAAAGACUCCGCAGACAGUUACAAGGAAGGCUACAAAGCCUGCCUCCAGCGCGUCUCCAGCCUGCUUCCCAAAACGAAUCUGGACCAAGACGCGUGUCAGCGGGUGAACGAAUUCGUCCAGCAGUCCAUGUCCGCCACGGUCACCCCGACCUGCCGGAACUGCUGCGCUCAGAGCUCCAGGACCUUCCCUGAGAUCCAACAGAGACUCCAGAGCCUCAAAUCCAGCUUCAGCUCCAGGAUGGAGAGCCAGUCCCGCAGCGGCGCAGCGGCUCCCAGCCGAGCGCAGUCAGGGCCGCAGGCUGUCGGCGAUGCCAUGUGGAGACCUUGGUAG